AUGUUCUUUCUCAAAUUAACUCCAGAACAGUGUUUCCGUACCUCUCUCUCUCUCUCGCCUCUUCGACAACUCACAAGUCCAUUGUCGAACACACCACUCAUCAUGUAUGGAUACAAUCCAUACGACCACUCCAGACCGUACGAGCAAUAUAUGGAAGGCAACGUGGACGACCAUGUUCGGACUGCAAGCUACGAGAACGACCGACUCAUCGGCUACGAACCGUCACGUCCACGCCGAACAACUACAGCAAGCCGCCAAAGCCAGGCUGAAGUUGGCAGGGCUCGACUGUCCUUACCACCAUCCGCGCUUAUUUCUUUUGAUGCCAAUGACCACCAGACAUACGACCAUGUAUAUUCGGUCCCUGACCAGUACUCAAAGGCAUACAUGAUGGAUCCGCCCGAAGAAGCACAAUAUACUUUCCAACCCGCAGACCCCUUCGAGUCCUCGGAUCAAUCAUUGCACACCCAAAUCCCUGAACAACAAGGUAGCAGCUCAUCGCCCAUGAACGCUCUGCCCUCGAGUCCAGCCUAUCAAGCCAGCCAAAGGCAACAAAAUCCCGGAACGAUGCUUCCCAAUUGGUCAUACAUGAAGGCACAACCAGAAAGAUCGAAUGUAACAGUAAAGGGUCCUCCCGUCGUCCAGGGUAUUCAGCUCGUGCCUGUACAUGCACUUCCAGAUUGCUUCCAGACCAUUUUUCCAUUCGCCAUGUUCAACGCUGUCCAGUCUAGUUGCUUUGAGAGCAUCUACGAAUCGAACGAUAAUUGUGUCUUUUCGUCUCCUACAGGCAGUGGCAAAACUGUACUCUUCGAGAUUGCAAUUUGUCGCAUGCUUCGGGGUUGGCAGAAUGGUACUUUCAAGGUCAUUUACAUGGCCCCAACAAAGUCAUUAUGUUCCGAGAGGGCUCGUGAUUGGAAGGCUAAAUUUGAGCCUUUGAACCUGAAAUGUGAGGAGAUGACAGGCGACUCUGAUAUCAACUCACUCCAUCACGUCCAGCGAGCGGACAUCAUCGUGACCACACCAGAGAAGUGGGACUCAAUGACGAGAAAAUGGAAAGAUCAUGAGAAAUUGGUCCGCCUCAUAAAGCUACUUCUUAUCGAUGAAGUUCAUAUCCUCAACAAGGACCGUGGUGCUGCACUUGAGGUUGUGGUUUCCAGAAUGAAAUCGAUUGGUUCUGGAACCAGAUUUGUCGCCCUCAGUGCAACAGUGCCCAACUCACAAGAUAUCGCAACAUGGCUCGGGAGGAACAGCGAUACUCCAGAUAUACCUGCUGUUCACAAACGAUUUGGGGAAGAGUUUCGGCCUGUUGAACUCAAACGCCAUGUAUGUGGCUACCAAUCAACCGCGAAUGCAUUCGGAUUCGACGCUAUCUUGACCAAAAAGCUUCCGGAUGUGAUCAUCAAGUACUCUCAGGCAAAGCCAAUCAUGGUGUUUUGCUUUACCAGAAAGUCAUGCGCAGAGGCAGCAAAGCUUCUUGCCGAGUGGUGGAGGAUUAGUACACCACGAGAGAGAUAUUGGCCUGCACCCUCAGAUCAGAUCGCAGUUGAGGACAAAGGUCUACAAAGCAUGGUCGCUGCUGGGGUUGCUGUCCACCAUGCAGGGCUAAGUCAACAAGAUCGCACUGCAGUAGAAAGAGCUUACCUUGCAGGAUCUUUGAGUGUUAUUUGUUGUACUUCAACCUUGGCAGUAGGUGUGAACCUGCCUUGUCACAUGGUCAUCAUCAAGAAUACCGUCGGAUAUGAAGCUGGAGCAAUCAAGGAGUAUUCGGACCUAGAGAUCAUGCAAAUGAUUGGAAGGGCCGGUCGACCACAAUUUGAUACUUCGGCUCUGGCUGUCAUCAUGACAAAGAUGCAGCAAGUCAAGCACUAUGAGCAGCUACUCAGUGGACAAGAGCGCCUGGAGAGCUGCUUGCACCUCAAUCUUGUUGAACAUCUCAAUGCGGAGAUUGGAUUGGGAAUGGUUCCAGACCUGUGUGCAGCAAAAAAGUGGCUUGCUGGCACGUUCCUCAAGGUGCGACUCGAAGACAACCCGGCACACUACCAGAUCAAUGGAGAUACUCCAGAUCGGAACCUGGGGGCUAGACUUGAAAAGAUCUGCGAGAGUGCCAUAUCAGAACUCAGACGGCUGCAGCUCAUUGAGCAAGGCUCAUCCUUCAAAUGCACAGAAUAUGGAGAUGCCAUGGCACGCUACUACAUGAACAUUACGACUAUGGGGCUAAUUCUGGGUCUUCCUCGGAAGCCAAAGAUGUCGGAAAUCUUGACUAUCGUAUCGCAAGCCCAUGAGUUCAGGGAAAUUCGAUUUCGUUCGGGAGAAAAAUUAACAUACAAAGAAUUGAACAGCAAGAAUGACAUUCGCUUCCCCUUCAAGAUUGAUCUCUCGGCCGCGGCACACAAAGUAUCCCUGAUCAUACAAGCAGUACUGGGUCGAGUAGAUCACAUCGCCGAACAGGCCAAUCAUCGGGCUCAGUACAGUAUCGACCAAUACUUGAUCUUCCAGCAUGUUCACCGACUGAUCCGAUGCAUUGUGGAUUGCCAAAAUAUUGACAAGGAUGCGGUUGGCAUACGCAAUUCUUUGAUUUUAUCACGCAGUCUAGCUGCUCGAGUGUGGGAUGAUUCUCCAAUGGUACUGCAACAAAUCGAACAGGUUGGACCAGUGGCAGUGAGGAAGCUAGUGGAUGCAAGGAUCACCACUAUGGACGAGCUUUCGAGUACAGAUCCAGGCAGACUGGAGCUUAUUCUCAACAAGGCUCCUCCGUUUGGCAUGAAAAUGCACCGUCAAGUUCAGACGUUUCCCAAAUUGAGAGUCAGCUUGCAAAUGAAUGGACAACCUAUCACCAAGGAUCACGAGCAUGUCGCUGUGAAGCUUAAGAUCGAUGUUGGAUUCUUGAACGACAAGACUCCUGUCCACUACCGAAAUAAGCCAGUUUUUGUCAUCGUUCUGCUUGGCACUUCAGAUGGACAUAAGAUUGAGUUUUUCCGCAUCAGUGCCUCAAAGCUACAAAACAUCAACCCAGUCACCAAAACCGCAUACCUGACGAGUCCUACUCAACUGCUCCAAGCGUGUGUCAUGUGCGAUGACCUAGGUUAG